ACAGCCGAAACUGCAACUUCCGGGCAAUGGCGCUAGCCAGUGACUUCAGUAGCUUGCACCUGUCGCACUCGAAGGCGCACAAUGGCUCCCCGGACUCACGCAGUGGCAGGGUGUCGAAGGUGGCAUCCGUGGCAACCAAUGUGAUGAAAUUACGCAAGUCUGGAAUGACCAGCUUCUUUACCGAUGAGUCUGACACCGCUGACUCUGCUGCUAGGCUGGAUAGGGAGAUGCUUCGAAAGCGAAUUUUAUUGGAAUCGAAAAUGGUCAACAUGCUGCCACGGUUCGUGGCUUUUCUCGCGACAUUUCUUUUGUUCAUCGCGAUCCAACAGGUGGAAUUCGAUCCGGCCAGCUUUGCGGGAAUCCACUUGCGCCUGCACGACCAUUUUCACGUAAAAGAUGUUUACAAGGUCACUCAAAUCCCCGAGCUGAUCGAAUAUUUGGAUUCCUACGUAGUCUCCACCGUGCAGCUCAAUCCGUUGGACAUCUACCACUGGUGUGCUGAAGAUGAUGUAUUACCACUUCCCGUCAACCGAAUUCGAUGCCGCCGCGAUCAAGGACAGCUAGAGGACAAGGCGUUCAUCGAGCACUACUCCAUGAGCUCCAUGCGACUGCAGGAUGCAGAAAGCGCAGCGAUGUACUCCAUGGUCAAGGAGAUCCGCGACGCAACGGCGCGGCGGCUGGAGGCAACAGCUCCGAGAAAUACAUCGCAGGCGACCAGCCAGAAGUCGACCUCCCGGCGCCUCCCGCAGAAGAGUCGCAUGACGGUGACCUUGCGAAGCCCAGAGGAAGCGCAGCAAGAAGCGGCGGCAGCCCGGCAACCCGCCGCGUGGUCAGUCAACACCUCCGGUGUGGUGGGCUUCGCCUUGAACGGUGUCUUGCUUGUGGGUGCCCACCAUCAUCGCGGCAAAGCGGUCCCCACAUCGUGGCAUUUCGAUGACUGUGGCGGACAUGUGGAUGCUGCAGGGCAGUACCACUACCACUUCCCGCCUUCCUGUUUCCUCGGCCAUCAAGGCCAUGUGGCUCCUGGGCGUGCGGAUUGGUGGACCCAAGAAGAUCCCGUCGAUUUCUGGCCAAGUCGCUCGAAGCCAUCACCGAUUCUGGGGUAUGCCUUGGACGGAAUCCCCAUCCACGGGCCUUACGGGGCAGAUGGACGCCUUGUGAACAUUUCGGAGCUCGAUGAGUGCAAUGGACGUACUGUCACGGAAAAUGGCAAGGAGGAAUAUCACUAUGUUUGGUCCGUCCAGGACCCCUUCCUGCCUCGCUGCUUUCGACUGAAGCCGGCGCGAAUCCAGCGGAACAGCGUCAGUGAGGCAUGCAAUGUCAGAGGCGAGCUUGGCCCUCACUUGGCCCCAGCGGGCCAAGCCUGGCAAUUGCAGUCCCACGGCUGUCCUGACCAUCCGUACUUCACCAACCCUACGAGGUCGAAACAAGUUGCUGACGUGCUGGACCAGCUUGCAGCGCAGAGGCGUUUGCAGGGUGUGAGCUCAGGAAGCUCGACUUCCACUAGCUCCUGUUGCGCUGGAUGCAGCGCUGGCAGCAGCACUGGCUGCUGCACUGGCUGCGGCACAUCCUGUUGUGCUGGUGGCACUACGAGCUGCACUGGCGGAUGUGGCACUGGCUGCAAUGCUGGCUGCGGCACCGGCUGUGGCACUGCUUGCAGCACUGGCUGCAAUGCUGGCACUGGCUGUGGCACCGGCUGCGGCACGGGCUGCGGCACGGGCUGCAGUACUGGCUGCGGCACUGGCUGCAGCACUGGCUGCGGCACUGGCUGCGGCACUGGUUGUGGCACUGGCUGGACGAAUGGGUGCCACACUGGCUGUAGUGCUGGCUGCGGCACUGGCUGCGGCACUGGCUGUGGCACUGGCUGUGGCACUGGCUGUGGCACCGGCUGCGGCACCGGCUGCGGCACUGGCUGUGGCACUGGCUGUGGCACUGGCUGUUUUGGAUGCGGCGGCUGCUGGUCAGGUAGCUGCUGCGCCGGCGAGUGCGUGGUCGUUGACAUCUUCAAUCCUUGCGACGCAGGCUUUGAUGCUGGUCCCCCACCUCCACCGCCAAAGACCUUCGUACGUUACAAGCCGUUCUCGAUGUCUGCGUCCGCCGUCGGUUUUCCCAUGAUUUGUCAAUCCCGGCGGGUGGAGAAAGAUUGUGACUCUAGCUUCGUGGAUGGCUACAACGCUCAGGCGCCCAACCCGGUCUACCGCGCUCCAAUGAAUGCUCCAAGGAACUCCUCCAUCCUGCGAUGCAGAGGGGACGAGUAUUGCAAUGAUCCGCAUCUUGGAUAUUCACCUACAGUACAAGAUGGCGUGCCAUACUACUGUGUCUUCGCCUCUUCCGACAUUUUGGUCAAGAUCAGAGAGUUUGAGUGGAUCGAUGACCUCACCAGCGAAGUUUUUGUAUCCAGUUUCAUCUACUUUUCCAAUGCUGACGCGAUCUCGUUGAUGCGAUUCAACUUCCAGCUUCUAGACACUGGUCGCAUCGCGGCGGAAAGCAUCAUGAACACCCACAGCGUGCUGCAGGAUACCUCCCGCUGGAGCACCUUUCUGAUGCUGCAGACCGCUUUCCUGAUGCUCGUGUCUGCCCAGAUCUGCCACAAGUUUGUUAAGAGCAUGAGGGGGCAGAAGCGCUUCUUCUCUUUCGAUGGCCUCCUUCUAUUGAUGCUGGGUGCCUUUGGCGCUGUUGACCUGCUCUCGAAGGUGGCCGGUGAAGAUACGACCAUGACCGGCCUGCUGGACUUGCUACACCAGAUCUUGGAUGUGGAUGACCCGACAAGUCGAGCAACCGUGGAGAUGGCGAUCAACGGCUCCUUCGACACCCUCGGCGUCAUCAAGACAACCGUGGCGCGACAGGAGAUGAUGAAGCUUAUCGCGUAUGUGAUUGUCUUCAUGUGCCUUCUGAGGCUUAUCCAGUACAUGGAAGUGCACCCGCGCAUUGACUUGAUCGCUCGCACUGUCAAGACUGCCGCUGGGGACAUGUUCCACUUCUUCCUCAUUUUCUUGUCCGUUUUUUCGAUCCUUGCCUGGCUGGCCCAUUGGUCCUUCGGACCAGACAAGAUCAUGUUCUCCACAUUCCAGACCUCUGUAAACACCUGCUUUCAGAUGCUGAUCGGAGAAUACCCAUUCGAGGAUGAAUGGACGGAAGGUUGGCCGCAGAAGAUUUGGUACGUGCUGUACACUUUCCUGCUUUUCCUUGUGUCGCUGAACAUUCUGCUUGCCAUCAUUGUGGAAAGUUUCCUCAGGGUGAAGCAGGAGACCGAUGAACGUCGUGAAGUGCGAAGCAUUUGUCAGGACAUGUUUUGCUUGGCAGCACGGGGCAUUUUGUCACUGCACUACGGAUGGCCGUCCACUCGCAGCAUUGUGGCGCACAUAGAGGCCACGCGCCUGGGGGGAGGGUCUGUCAGCGCCAAAGAGCUCGCGUACUCGGAGCAUGCGAAGUUCACCAGCCAGGAAGCUGCCACAGAGUUUAUGCGGUUCUACCACUGGCCCCCGGGCCGGUAUGAGCGGACUCUGAUGUUCUUGGGGCCAUGCAUCCUGGAUACCAAGGGCCGCGAGUUCGAGGAGUAUCGCAAGUUCGUCCUGGAAUACAUGACAGAUGAUAAGCUCCGCCCGGUGCUGUCCAUGAACUUCCGAAAGUUUAUGCAGGUGGUGGUUCGGAUUCAGUCUGCCAUCAGGCGGCGUUUGGCCGUGAAGCGCGCCCGGCAGUUGAGGCAGAAGCAGGAUCGAAGAUCAUGGCGAAGCGAAGAAGUUGCGGAUUUGCAAAGCAAAACCGAUGACCAAGUCCGGGAGUUUGCAUCCAGGCUCCGAAUCCAGCCGCAGAUAGUUGAAGCUUUGCUCCUGGUCAGAGGGAGCAGCUCCAGUUCAGCCUCAGCGGAGGAGCUGAACAAACGCCCCUUGGGGGUUAGCACGAUUUUAGUAUGAAGGGGUCGACCUUUCAUGCCAAUUCGAUUGUGCAUUGGUCCAUUGGCACGUGUGGAGCCAUGGGCAUUGCAGAUACAAGCCAGAUGUAAUGUAACCGAUGCAUGGCUUGAAUGCAUCAAAGAUGAACAAGCACCUUCCCGCCCAAGCUUCAGAGGGGUUCUGAGCUGCUGGAAAGGUGCCAGCACAAGCAGGAAAUGCCUCAGAGCCUUCCGUAGUCGC